AUGAAGGCCCAAAUGCACUCGACCGUGUUCACAAUCGUUUGCCUUCACUUGGCGAUUCAGAUCGGGACAAGUUCAGCUGAAGGAUGGAAUUGCCCUUUCGACUAUUUAUACCAUUGGGGUGAUGGGGUCACGGAUAUCGGCAACUCCAUUCACGUGCUUCCAAAGAUCACUAUUCCGGCUGGGCGAAAGCCGUACGGCAUGACUUAUCCCGGCUUUCCUACUGGUCGUUGGUCAGACGGCCUCGUCGAUUUUGACUUCAGUGCUGAGGAUUUUGGGCUGCCAAAUAUUCAACCCUACCUGAACAUGAGUCAAUCGAAGGCGGCAAGCUAUGACGGGGUGAUAUUCUCUGUGGCAGGAAGCCCGGUUCUCCACCGCAAAUUCUUCGAAUUGCGCGACAUUGUUAUUCCACCAUAUGCUGUUCCUCUUAACCAACAAAUGCAUUGGUUUAGAAAACAUCUCAAAUAUGUUUGUCACUCACCAUCAGGGCCCGAUCUAGUAAAUCGUGCAUUGAAAACAUGUUGUGGGAUCGGAGGGAAAUAUAACUUCGACCCAAAGAGGUUUUGCAGCCACAAGGGAGUACCCGUUUGCUCCAACCCGGACGAGUACGUAUUUUGGGACGGGAUGCAUUUCACACAAGAGGCUCAAAUGAGGGUCGAAAAGUCGUUGAUCGUGCCAGCCCUUCAGGCGCUCAAUUGCACGCAACUGGAAACUACAGAUUCUUAUUACACGGACAGCUGGGCUACUACUUAUAUACGAGCUUCGGACGAUCUGGCUAGCAUGUGA